AGUCGGGAGAACCUGUGAUAAAGUCCUCUGAAAGCAACCAUCUUUACAAACUCACAGCGUGGCGGAAUGAGCGAGAGUUCAGGUCAGACCGCUGCAGGUUCAGGCUAAUCAACACUUUAACAUCCACGUGUUUGCUUCCUGCUGUCCUGAAAUGCGCGAGCUUUCAGGGAAGGCAAGGCCCUACGCCCAAUAUUAAUAUUGUCACAUGUUUAUGUCCACGAGGAUGCUUUGACAGCCAUUCGGUAGACAAGUUAUAGUCACAACAGUGGCAAAAAAAUAAUAUUUCUGAGUUCAGACUCUGAAUAGCCAAACAGGAAACUAUAGUACACCUUUAUGAUCCACUAGCAGGUUCAAUUACAGCUUUGAAUUUUGCCAAUAAAGCUUAACUACCUGUAAAAAAAAAAAAAAAAAAUCUUUAUGACAGAUAUUUUUCCAUUAGCAUACCAAUAUACAGAAAAAGACAAACAAACAAAAAAAAAAACAAUAUUCAGAAUGUUUCUAAUGAUACCAGUAACAGCACAACAAAACUUACUUUUUGCACCAUGUAUGAGCAUGACCACCGCUUAUUUUUGGAAAUAAUUGUUUGCAGAAAUAACACAAAUUGUUACAAUCUGGUGCAGCAUUCAUCAUGCUGAUAAUAAAUGUUAGCAUAUACCAUAGCAUAGCUGUGAACUUAAGAGCUAUUUCUCAUUAUAAUUUACAGGGUCUAUCAAGUAUAUGUCGAAAAUUAAUAUGAUAAACCAUUUAAAAGGCAGCCUACCACUGGCCAAAGUAUAUUGGAUGUAACCCAUUUGUUCAGUUGUAAUGAAAGCAGUAGCCUAGAAAUGGGGAUAAAAUCUAGAUGUUAAUUUUUCACUUGAUUUCUGUGUUGAGUUAGAAAAAAUGUUACUCAGAACAACCUCCAUCCCAAGUCAAAGACUUUUCUCCCUGCUCUUUAAACAGUGGUUGUAGUUGAGGUUAUAAGGUCUGGUUGGGUAUGACUUUACUAAAAAACAUUUAAUUCUUUGCCCAAGUCAUAUCACAGUGCUUGAUUGAUGACAGAGCAAUGUUUGUCAUUUCUUUGUGAAAUUUUCCUUGUGAAGUUUCCGCCAUCAGUCCAAAUGUGUGCAAAUAUUGUGUAUCUCUUGUAAGGUUUUGUUUUGCAGUCUGAUGAAGCAGCACUGUAGAUGAUCAGCAGCACUCUCUACUGGCUACUGCAUGUAUAAAUACUGUGUAUGAAGGCUCAAACAACUUAAGUGGAAGUUAUACUGAUCUGCUUCAAAAUCUUUGUUUUGGUCAUUUUGUCCAUAAUCCUAAACUAACUUGCAAAGAGUCAAAGCAUACUGUUAUUAGCCACUGUGGAUAGUUUGCAUGAGUGAAAGCGUCUUACUGAUACCUCUCUGUUUGUGUUCCAUUUUCCUCUGUCUGUCUGUAUGGAAUAUGUAAAAAUCUCUUAACCUUUACCUUCAGCCAUGAAAAAUAGCAGCAGCCUCUCUGUUACCUUUACCCCCAUACCUACUGACACAAAACACAAAAGCUGCCUUGUUUAUGGUACAGUUACAGGAAUGAAAUUAUUUGCAUGGGCAUCAGUGUUCAUAAUCAGCAUCCGCAUGCCUUUUUCACUGGAAAGACCAUCAGCUUAGGCAAAGCAGAGCCGGUCAUAAUUCAGCUCUGGGAAUUCAAAGACAACGCCACAGGUAAGAGGAAAACUAAAAUUAAUAGUUAAAUAAAAUUCAGCUAGUACAAAUAUUUUUAAAAAAUGGUUAGAAAAGUUUUGUUAAAAUGGGUGUUUGUUUUUUUUAUAGACAAUGGUUAUGAGAGAGAUCCUCCUCUGUCUUUUGCUUGAUCUUUACCACACAGGUAUGGAGUCACUCUGAAUUUUAUCGUACAUUUUCUUCUUUUUGUUUGCCACACAAGUAAUGUACUAUCUUUGAAUAGUAAUUGUUAAGCUUUUAACAGUUUCACAAAAAUACAUUCACACAUCUAUCAUACAGUGUUAAUUUAUUCUUUAUUUAUUUCAGCUUGCUUUGCCUCUUCCAGUCUACCUGCCCAAUGCCUGAUAUGUAACAGCACAGAAGCGACUCUAUCAGGUGAGAUUAACUUACUCUCAACUUAGACCUCUAUGUGUCAAUACAUUACAUCUAAAAAGUAUUGUAUCAGGAAUUACAUGCAAAAACAUACAUACUUGGUGCUGCCGCCUCUCUGCACUUCACACUGCAUCGAUGGUUGGUAACUGCUUUCUUUAUUAGUUUGCGUAGAGAUGGAUCAUAUGAACAGGAGCAGAGGGUGUGGUUGUACAAAAAGGUUAACUUAAAUAUUCAAGAAAAGAGGCAGAGUGCAUUUGUACUGCACUGAUGUAAAGCAAACGUCAUGAAUACAACUGUUGUAUCAAUGCAUGCACUAGUUGUUUUAAUUUCAGACCCUAACUGUUCCUCUCCUGUUCAUCUUACAAGCAUCUAAGGAGCCUGGGGGCUGCAAAAAUGGUAACCAGAACUCAUAAACUGAUAACAAUCUGAUUACCUUACACAAUCUUUUCAGUAUUCCUUCUUUUAAAUGUUUACUCUGCCUUUUAGACUUUAAGGUUUGGAUCAACAGCACUGGAUCUGAGGCACAGGAGGGCGAUGACGUCACUCUAACAUGUGUCCAUAACCUUCCUAAUGUGACCCUGAUGUUUGGGUGGACAAAGGAUGGAGAGGUGCUCUCCGAAGGCCACAAUAAAAGCCAGCUUGUUUUUCUGAAAGUGUUGUCCAACAAAAAAGGCCAGUACUGCUGCUUUGUGAACAGCACUUGUGGCUAUUACAAGUCCUUGCCACAUGAUGUCACUGUAAACGGUAAGGAGACGUCUCCUCACUCAUUUCAAACAGCAGCUCUGCUUCACAAUGUAGACUAUGCCUUCUAUAAAACAGCAUUUAAAAAUGAAUAUUACAAAUGAACUAUUUCAUUUUGUAUCUGAAAUUGUGCAAAAAAAGUCCUCAAGACAAGAAUGAAGUGCACACUGUGUACAUCUGAUCGCUGGAGUAUUCACUGUUGUCUUGUUUCUGUCUUUGUAAAUGUGACUGCAGGCAACGGUGUGGUGAUCAUGAUUAUCUGUGGAGUUUCUGCUUUAGCCCUUGUUCUGCUGUUGGGUGCCACUAUGAAAUACAAGCUGAAAAGAGACAAUGGUAGGAGCUCUCGUGACAUUAGAUAACACAGGAUUCUUGUAGAGAAGGCAGUGAACACAACUCUCCAAAGCAACUGCUAUUUUCUCAAAUGGAUUUCAGUUUACACAAAUUAAACACAUUAUUAUUUGCAGAAUACGUAGUUUGAACGAUGCAUGAAAAUCAAUUACAGUCUCCUUUUUCUUAUUAGACAUGAAGCUUCAGUCAGCAGAUAGUUAAAUCAUUUUAACACAAAGAAUCGCAGCGCCUUCCUGGCUUUGAAAAAAGUCAACCAAACUCGCACAUCAGUUCUUAAAAAUCUCGCAAAACAACAUUUCAAAUCCUGUUUAAUCUACAAAAAAAAAAAAAACCUCAGAAAUAAAAAGGCACAGUUUUAUCUGAGUUUUAUCAGCCUGUGAAUUAUCUUAAGACAGUUGCCUGUUAACAGUAGACAUUUCAGUACAUUACUCAUUCAAGCAAAGACAGUGGCUUUGUCUAUAAUAACUCCCUACUUAAUAAACAGCACUAGUUGUCAAAGUGCAUGCCCCAGGUACAGGGGUUCGUUUCUUGAAGCAGCAGCACUUUAAUUUGUACUUUCUUGUCUAAUAAAGGCAAAACAACAAACUCUAGACUCCCUAAAUAUGCUGGCCUUUUAUUUUAUAAAUGAAAAAAUUAACAAUUAAAAAAUGUACAAAUCUCAAUUUACUCUCGGUCUAAUCAGAUAGAUGGAACAAUAUAGUACUUUACCUCUGACAUUUUGAUUUGUCAUUUGAAAAAUGCCUGCUGAUUAAUCUUGUUCAACUACAGACAGAGAAACGCUAGCAGGUUCCCUCUCCCACCAGCCUUGCUAAGCUAAAAGCUACAAAUCCCUGCCCUUUCUUUAACAGAUUCCAAUUUUCAAUGUCUCUCUAAUCGUAGAAAUAUGGAUAUGACUUGUCUUGAUUUAUAUACUAAAAUGUGACUCCUCUUGUAUCCUUCUUUGUCAUUGCAGCCAAACACAAAGAGAGGAUGAGGCAGAGAGCCCAGAAUCAGCAGAGUGCUGCCCCAGCUCCAUUCACCCCAAGAGAGUCCUAAAUAAGAACAGUCACUGAAAUUUAACAUGAUAAAUAUUGAUCCUUUUUUCUAUCUGCUGCUAAUGUAUUUGAUAUAGGAAUAAGCCUCUUGGCUCCCUGUCUUUCGGCUAAGUGUCUGUUUGA